AUGGUGGGCCAUACAUUCUUUUCGAUCCUCUCCGCUGUCCUGCUGGUCUCGAUGGCGCUGGCGCAAGGCAUCGAGCGCAACCCUCUCCUGGUGCGGCACCACGAUGUGCGCGACCUGCGUGCGGCCGAGCAGGAAGAGCGCCACGAGGUGUUGGCGUCGCGCGCCACGUCCAAGCUGCGCUUCAACUACGGCCGGGACAAGGUGCGUGGCGUCGGCAUUGGUGGCUGGCUCGUGUUGGAAAACUUCAUUACGCCGUCGCUGUACAAAAAGACGGGCGACAACCGCGUCAUUGACGAGUGGUCGUUCGCGACGUACACGCCGCGCAACAAGGCGGUGCAGAUCCUGCAGGACCACUACGACAACUUUAUCACUGAAGACGACUUUGCCGAGAUCGCGUCGUACAACCUGAACCAUGUGCGUGUGCCGUUCCCGUACUGGGGCAUCCGCACGUGGCCGGGCGAGCCGUACAUCAAGCUGAACCAGUUUGACAAGCUGAAGCAGGCCGCGCACUGGGCGAACAAGCACGGCCUGAAGAUGAUCAUUGAGCUGCACACGGUGCCGGGUGGCGCGAACCCGUACGACCACGGCGGCCACACGAACCACACGAACUGGCUCGGCAACGACAAGGAGGAGGGCCGCUGGCUCGAGAUCCUCGACACGCUCGCCGCCGAGUUUGCGAAGAACGAGUACCCCGCUGUGACGGGUAUCUCGAUCGUGAACGAGCCGAAUGGCGACGCAAACCAGAUUUACGGCCAGUACAAGCGCGGCUACAACACCGUGCGCCGCCACGACGGCGACUCGGAGCUCGUUGUGAUCAUUGGCGACGUGUUCCAGAACCCCGCGCAGAGCGACUUUUGGAACGACAAGUUCUCCGUGCCCAAGUACCAGCAGGUGAUGAUCGACACGCACGUGUACCGCCUGUUCGACCCGCCGUCGAUCGCAAUGUCGCAGGACGAGCGCAUCGGCUACUACUGCAGCCUCAAGGGCGGCUUCGCCAAGGCGAACCAGCACCUGUACAUGCUCAUCGGCGAGUGGUCGCCCUCGUUCACCGACUGCGCGCCCGGCCUGAAUGGCCGCUUCCUCGGCCACCGCUACGACGGCACGUUCCCCGGCUCGACGCGCCGCGGCAGCUGCGACGGCCGCACCGGCAACGCCAACCAGUUCUCCGACGGCUUCAAGGCGAACUUGAAGAAGAACUUCCACAUCCAGGCGGACGCCUACUCCGCCGGCGUCGGCUGGAUCAUGUGGACGUGGAAGGUCGAGAACCACAGUGCGGACGAGUGGAGCUACCGCGCGGGUGUGCAGAACGGCUGGAUCCCCCGCAACCCGGCGAACCUGGAGUACCACUGCUCUCACGACCUGGACGAGCACCGCCGCACGAGUCACGUGGCACCACCCGCGAGCGUCUCGCAUCGCUCGCGCCUGUCACCCGCGGCCAUGCACGCUCGCGCGGUGCCCCCCGCCGCGCGCGCUACGGAUGCGCCGCGGACUGCUGCGUAUGCGGUGGCGUCGCGGCCGCCUGACCGCCCGCCCGUGCAGCGCCUGGACCGCCCUGUGGCGCCCACAGCGCCUCCGGCGACCGCCACAGCGCGCGCUACGCGGCCCUCGCUAGGCGUGCCGCUGAUGAGCCCCGUCGACUUGGGCUCCGAUAUACCAUACCUGCGCGACGACAUGUCGCCCCUCCUCAUGUCGCCGCCUGCCCACACGCCGUCGCCGAGCGCCGAGGCCCAUACCCCGUCCGUGUCCUACGCAGGCACCGCGCCCCCGAUCUCGCCCGCCACGCAAGCGGCGCCGCGCCUCCGCGAGGUCCGCUCCACGCCGCGCCUCCGCUCCGAGUCGCCCCAGCCGCUCCCGGACGCACUGGAGCGCAUCCGACAGCGCACAGCGCACCAUGCCCAUGCCCUCCACCGCGCCCGGGACGACGGGCGUGCGGCCACGGCGUGGGCGCGCGACCUGCCGACGCCGCCCGUGCCCGAGUGGCACGAGGGCGAGGGCUGGCGCGCGCCGUCGCUCUCGCCGCCGCCGUCCGCGGGCCUGGGCCUCAGCCUGUCGUCGACGGCGCUGCACGAGCUGCACAGCCCAAAGAUCAGCGAGCUGUCGCUCUCCGAGGCGGAGGACCGCGGCACGCCCGACUCGGGCGCGGCGCCCUGGGCGGGGCGGCCCGCCGAGCCUGGCCGCUCGAGGCUGUCGCCCGCGCCGCCGUCACUGCGGCGGCGUAUCAGCUCGUCGCUGCUUGGCGGGCGGCGCUCGCGCGCGACGCCCGAGCCGCCGCCUUCCGCGGGCCCGUCGCCGACGAUCGCGGACGCGGAGGCGAUGGGCCGUGAGCCUGCGCCCGCGCCCCACGCGAAGCGCAGCAACUCGAAUAUCCGGCGGCUCUUCCGCAGCGCAGACGAAGAGGAGGCGCGUGCGCGGCGGCCGCGCCUGCGUGUGUCGCCCGUGGUGCGGCCGCCCACGCCUAUCGAAAAGUCGCCGCGCCUCGCGCCGAUGCAGGACCUGCCCGAGAUGCCCAAUCCGUACGCGACGCCCGUCUCUGCUGCGCCGUCGGUCUUUGUCGCCGAAGCGUCGCCGGGCCGCCGGCAGCGGCAGCACCUGCUCAACGAGCUGGCCAGCACGGAGCAGACGUAUGCGUCGGACCUGGGCAUCGUGCAGAACAUAUACCUCGCCCACGCGCGGCGGCGCGCGGGGCUGCGGCCGCUCCCGCAGGGCGCGGUGAGCAGCCCGCACGCGUCGACGCACGCGUCCCCGGACAUGCUGCCCCGCAGCCUCUCGAGCCUCUCGUCGGAGCGCGAGGACGCGCCGGGCAGCGGGGGCGCGCGGCCCUUGCGCGCGCCGGGGAGCCCGGCGCGCGCGCCGCCGCUGAGCGUCACGGACAUUCAUGUGAUCUUUGCGGGGCUGGGCCCGUGCUAUGCGCUCGCCGUGGAGAUGAGUGGGCUGCUCGUGGCGGCAGCGCGCGCGCAGCGCACGGUGAGCAGCGUGUUUCUGGACAAGAUGAGCGCGAUUGAGCAGGCCUUUGCGCUCUACUGCGCGCGGCACGAGGCGGCCGUGGCGCGGCUCGCGGACGUCGCGGCGAAACGGGCCGCGGCCGCGCGGUUCCUGCACGAGUGCGACGAGAUGGCGCGGCCGUACACGAGUGCGUGGGACCUGCCGUCGCUCCUGAUCAAGCCGGUGCAGCGCGUGCUCAAGUACCCCCUGUUCCUGCAGUCGAUCCUGGCGCAGACGAGCAGCGACGACCCCGAGUAUGCGGCGCUGCAGCAGGCGCUCGCGCAGAUCCAGGGCGUCGCGGACCGCAUCAACGAGAGCAAGAAGCGCAUGGACGUCGUCGGCCAGCACGGGUUCGAGCCGCUGUCCGCGCCGCGCGCCGCGUUCCGCCGGCCCGUCACGGGCAGCGCGCUGCGCAAGGCGCGGUCGCCCACGAGCGAGGGGCCGCUGACGAGCGACGAGGCGCACUACUUCGCGCUCGUCGCGCGCCUGGAGGCGGCGGAGCAGCAGCUCGAGCGCCUCGCGCAGUACUGCGCGGCGUGGACCGCGCGCGUGCGCGAGAUGUACCGCGCCGAGCUGCUUGUCGUCCUCGCGUGGAUGGCCGUGUACGAGGGCGGCGGGCACGAGCACCGCGCGGCGCUCGAGAGCCUCGCGCAGCUGCGCCUCCUCGUCGAGCACCGGCUCCUCGGGCAGGCGUGCGAGCAGCUCGAGCGCUCCGUGGAGCGCGCGGUGCACGCCAAGAUCCGCGCCGCGCUGCAGCUCGUGGAGCGCCCCAAGAUGGUCGUGCUGAACCGCAGCGCGAAGGAGGCCGAGUACCGCAGGUACCUCGCGGAGCGCACGCGCCGCGCGGGCGUGCCGCCCAGCGACGGCGCGACGGCGUUCCUCUCGAUGCAUAUGCAGCUCGUCGACGAGAUCCCCGCACUGCUGCGGGGCCUCGACCUGGUGCUGCAGCACUGCGUGCUCGCGCUCUCGCAGGUGCAGGCGUCGUUCUACCGCGUCACGGCGGAGCAGCUCGAGCAGUACUGCACGCUGUACCUGCCGAGCGCCAUGACGCCGAAGAGCGCGAGCUCGGCGUCCAGCGCGCGCUUCCCCGACAUGCACGGCUCGCCGGCCGCCACGAGCUCGAGCCUGGGCCCCGGGACCGCGGCCUCCCACGCGGUGCUGUGGGCGCACAGCGACGCCGACGCGUUCGCCGGCCCGCUCGACCACGCGCUGCCCGAGACGCCGAAAAAGGCCCUGCCGCCCCUCGGCGCCGACAUCAGCACGAUGGCCACGGCGCACAGCCUCCUGGAUGAGUCCCUGUCGACGCCGCACCCCCCGCGGUCCGUGUACCCCGACCCGAACGGGCCGAUCGAGCACGCGACGCCGCGGGCGCCGCUGCCGGUGCUCGAAAUGUCGUUCGAUGGGUAUGCCCAGACGCACUGGAACCUGGGCCUCGCAGGCGACGUGGAGCGCGGCCCGUCGCCGCACUCGUCGCCGCGCCACUCCGUGUUCUUCGACGCGCGCUCGUCGGUCGGCGAUAUGCACGCGCUGCGCCAUCCUUCCCAGCUGCUGUAG